UUGCAAACGGUUUAGUCGCAGAUUACAAUGGUAGUUCCUGCUCAUCUAACGUAACGUCAUCAACAACUGACUGUGACGAUAAGCCGUAUGUCAACAUGAUGGCUUCAAGAGACUGAAUAUGUUCAUGGAUAGCUAAAGCCCAAGCCCCAAAUACUCACGGAUAGACACGGCAGUCCAUGCUGCAUUUAUUGAGUGUUACACGUAGGGGAAAUAUAGCUUUUUAUCGUUAUAUUGUUGUCGCGAUGACCGAUUACUUAUAUGCUCCAUUAGCAGUAGAGAAAGAAGAAUGGAUUGCGCGGUGAGUCGUCUGAUGGCAGGAGCAGUUCAGAUUAUAGACCUUCCAUUACACCACUUUGUACUCUUGUUAGUUAGCGUAUUCCUUAAGCCCCAGUCUGUUAAGCACGGAUAAACAUUGCAGUCCGGUAUCAUCCCGGAUCCCCCAUCCCCGGAUCAAGAUUCGGUCAAUCCGGGACGAUCCGUCGACUUUCUGGAAUCUUUGAGUGUCCUUGGUCUUUCAAAGACCAUCAACCCGGUAACAACACGGUACCCAUACGGGCCAACCCGUACCAUCACUGACAGUCCUGGCAGCAACACGAAAUCAACACGGCGCAAACGAGGACUGUCCCGGAACAACACCGCUGAGAUAAUGAUAGCCCCGGAUAAACACGGACCAAGACGCCAUCUACACGGAAUAUAUUCACGACAACGACACGGACAAAAAACGGCAGAGAUAAGGACAAACACGAUUUGUCCCGGACCGACAAAAAGUUAUAUAAAAGCAGAUUAAUUGCCGGUGAUUCCAUAAUUUCGGCUGUCCGGUUAGCGCAGUGGUUGGUACACGCGCUUUGGGUCUAGAAGACUUUGGCCCAAUACCCAUUCCCGGCAGCACGUGACUUUGUUUGUUGACACCAUUACCGGAUAGGUCGGGUUGCUCCGGAUAUCAAGGCUUCCCACAACAGCACAUGAUCACACUUUUAUUGAAAUCUUUCAGUAAAAUGAUAGAUGAAAAUUGCAGGUAUGAUUCAAAAUUUGCCAUACAUUUUGUGAGAGAACUAGAUUAAAUAGGUAGGAAUGCUGGGAUACACUCCAUGUCCUCACACAAUGCAACCUCAGAAGUGAAGAGCCUCACGAAAUGCAAACGCACGCUCGCACAAACACACACGCGCAUCAUGAAUAGAACGCCAGGCAUAGUAGACAAUGAACGACAGGGAAAAAUGGGCACGGCAAAGUAAACAGAUACAUCGACAGAGCCAAUCAGAAAUUGUGAAAUAAAGCAAGAAAUAUGAUAGACAUCUGCAUUACACAUAAGAAUUCCACUCGUUAAAUUUCUUCACAAUUGAAUAAAUGAAAAUCAUCAGCUCAGCAUUCUACAACGCUGACGUUAUUGUAUGUGCAAUAGACUCGCCAAUUUACGCUUAUAUUAAGAAAAAACGCAAAACAUUGGACGACUGCCGGUCCAAUGUUUAAUAUUCAAUGGACAUUGAGAUCAAUAAAGUGUUACGGACUAUAUUUCUUUAGAGAUAGGGCACUUAAACACGAUGCUUGUUAAACACUUUAAUGAAAGCCCUUUCUCGUUGAGCGGUUAAUGUUUAAUAAUCCCUUUGAGCGUGAUGACAUCGGUUUUAUUUGCCGCUUAUUUGAGAUCAAACACUUUCUUUAAUAUGUUUAUCAUUUUUCAUUGAUUUGAACAUAUAAGAUCUUCAUCAAACCAUGAUUUCUGAGACAAAAGGAAGUAAGUCGCUUAUAUCACAAUGUCGAUAAACAUACUAAAUGAAUUCGUACAGUAAUUAACAAAAUAGAAAGCCAAAACGACGACCAGAACACAUGUACUCUCAAAACAUAAAAUUUAAAGAAACAAAACACAAAUUUAUUGCAAGCAUGUUUGUAAGAACAGGAGGCCGUUUAAUCAACUGGAGGCCGUUUUAUCAACAUAUCUUAUCUUAGCGGAUCUUAUCUUAAAUCCCUCACUUACGAUUUCAUUUACGAUCCGCUAAUACCCGUUUUAUGAACGUUGUCGUAAGUAUCGAGUCGCAGCUAAGAUUUUAGCUUAGCGUACGAUCUGAAAUAACGCGAACCAGUCGAAAACGUCAUCACUCGUUAUGUCAAAGUCGUCUGUUGUCAUAACAAGCAAGAUGGCCGACAAAAUGAACAAGGGGAAACGAAAGCCCAAUUGGUCGGAGACGGAGAUUGCCUGUUUAGUGCAGGCAUGCACGGACAAUAAGUUGUUAUUGGUCAGUAAAAUGACUAUUGAAGUGACGAACAGGAAAAAAGAAGAGUUCUGGGCGGACACCUGUGAGAAAGUGAACAGCGUUGGCUUGAGCAGCCGCGAAGUUGACGAAAUAAUAAAGAAGUGGACGAACCUUAAGAGUCAAGCGAAAAAAAGAGAAAAGAACAGGCGGCGGGAAGCGAGUCUAACAGGGGGCGGCAAAACCAGCAUCUGUCUCACAGACUGGGAGCAGAAGAUAGUAGCCAUUCUACCAGAAGAAACACUGGUGGGAAUCGACGGUGGAUUAGACACGUUUCAGUCCAGUUCAUGCUCUAAACAACAAGCAUGUGUUGACGAGGAAACCUCAAGCAUUUCAAUUGGCCACGAGUUGGAAGAUGCGCCAAACAGCCCGUGUGAGGCCAAAUCUGAACAGCCUUGUAAGAGAAGAAAGAUGUAAGUUCCAUACAAAUUAAAUAUUUAUGCCCCCCUUCGAAGAAGAGGGGGUAUAUUGUUUUGCUCAUUUCUGUCUGUCGG